AUGGUUUCUCCGUCCACUGAUAAAACACCUUCCAUUGUUGAGUUGACACCAGAAACAUAUCAACAGGAUGUUUCUUCAGAUUCGAUUGAUUUAGAAGCAGGUGCAAAAAAACUUCAAAAUGAAUCAGCCUUACAAUCACACGAGUAUACAACCAAUAUUGAUGAAACUUCGUCAAGCAAUACCGCAUCCAAGUUAACUUAUUUCCAAAAAUUGAAAAUAAGAUUCCCAUAUUAUAGAUUAGCAAUUGAUAUUUUCGUGGGUUGCUUUUUCACUUCUUGGUGGUUAUCUAUAGUCAUUCAACCCAAACACAGACAUCAAUGGUUAAUUCCAACUGUUAUUUGGGGUAUGAUUAUGGUAAGGUUGAUUACCUGGCACAUAAAAAUUUUACCAUGGUUGUUAAACAAGGUUAAAAUAGUUUGGGAUUUUGUCACUGAUUAUAUAUAUAAAGUCUUGUCAAAAAGAUAUCAAAGAUUAAUCACUGGUGCCAUCAUUACUAUUGCUGUUGUUUUGUUAGGUACAUUUGUUCCUUCUGAAACUGAAUAUUCCAAAAGAGAAGAUAGAGCUAUUUCCUUUUUCGGUUGUAUUGUUGCUAUAUUCUUAUUGUUUGUCACUUCCAAAGCUCCUUCCAAAAUCAAUUGGAAUGCCGUCAUUGGUGGUAUGUUGAUGCAAUUUAUUAUUGCAUUAUUUGUCUUGAGAACUAAAUGUGGAUACGAUGUGUUUAACUUUAUUUCCACUUUAGCAAGAGAAUUAUUGGGAUUUGCCAAAGAUGGGGUGGCAUUUUUAACCAAUAAAGACGUUUCUCAAUUAGGUAUGUUCUUUUUCACUGUAUUACCUUCAGUGGCUUUUUUCGUAGCCUUUAUUCACAUUUGGUAUUAUUUUGGUGUUAUUCAAUGGGCCAUUAGAAAAUUUGCUUACUUUUUCUUUUGGACAUUAAGAGUAUCUGGUGCUGAAGCCAUCACUGCUGCUGCCUCUCCAUUUAUCGGUAUUGGUGAAAGUGCCAUUUUAAUUAAAGAUUUGAUGCCCUAUUUGACUAAAGCAGAAUUACAUCAAAUCAUGACUUCAGGAUUCAGUACCAUUAGUGGUGCAGUUCUUGUUGGUUACAUUGGUCUUGGUCUUAAUCCACAAGCUUUGGUUAGUAGUUGUGUUAUGUCAAUCCCUGCAUCUCUUGCGGUAUCAAAAUUAAGAUAUCCUGAACUUGAAAACCCAAUUUCCAGUGGUACGGUAAUGAUUCCAAAAGUUGAUGAUUCUGAAGAAGCAAGGGAAAAAUCAAAGGAUGAACCUCAGAAUGUGUUACAAGCAUUUUCAAAUGGGGCCACGUUAGGAUUAAGAAUUGCCGGGACUAUGAUGAUUCAGUGUAUGUGUAUUAUUGGGCUUGUUGCCUUAUGUAAUGGUAUUUUGACAUGGUUCGGUAACUAUUGGAACAUCGAUCAUUUGACAUUGGAAUUGAUGCUCUCCUACAUUUUUUAUCCAGUUGGAUUCUUGUUGGGUACUCCGCGUGAUGAAAUCUUGCACAUUAGUAAAUUGAUUGCUUAUAAAUUCAUUCAAAAUGAAUAUGUUGCUUACAAUUUGUUAACAAAUGAAGCCCCCUAUAAUGAAUUGUCCAAAAGAGGAACAUUGAUUGCUACUUAUGCUUGUUGUGGGUUUGCCAAUUUAGGUUCUUUGGGUAUUACUUUGGGUGUCUUGAAUACUUUGACAAACAAUUCUAGAGCCAAAGAUAUUUCUUCUAGUAUUAUAUCAGCUUUGUUCUGUGGGGCAAUUGCCACCAUGUUGUCUGCUGCCAUUGCUGGUAUGGUCAUGCAUGAUUUAAACACUUUCCACAUUAACUAG